AUGGAUCGUGCGCUUUUUCGCCUCGGACGAGUGUCGGCCUCUCGCUCUUUGCUCUUUUGCUCUUUGGACUUCGGAGGUGGACUCAGCGCCUCAGCGAAGGCCGGAGAGAUAAAGUGCGUGUGUGUUUGUGCUCUCGUGCGCUUGAAAGCCUUUCUCAAUUCUCCACCACAAACUCAGAGGAAGGGCCGUUACAGGUCACGUCUAAAUUCCAACUUCUGGUGCUGGGCUGCUCAGGCCCAGGGAAAUCGAGAAUCUCGAGAUGUCUCCCCAGUCCAGCGCCUCUGCAGCACACCCCUGAGCUGGAAGUCAUCGAGCAAGGCUGCAGUUUGCUUUGCCGAUGAUCUUUUUGUUUUUGGCAAGGCUUCGUCGCAAAAUGAUGCUGCUUUGAAGGUGUUGCUUCAGGAUUUCUCUUGCUUAUCUGGGCUCAACAUAAAUCAUGGCAAGUCUUCCCUAUUCUUUGCUAAUUGCUCGGGUGGGACUCAGGCCUUGUUUGAAGACACUUUGGGCAUUGCUGCGGGUAGCCUCCCUAUUACGUACCUUGGUGUACCAAUUGCUUCUCGUGGAUUGAAGGCCAGUGACUUUCAAGUGCUUAUUUCUAAGGUGGAGCAGAAAAUUUCUACAUGGAAAGCAAGGGUUCUCUCUUUUGCCAGCCGAGUUGUGCUCAUCAAAUCUGUUGUUAUGGGGUGCAUUUCUCACUGGGUUAAUGUCUUUCGCCUCCCCCAACACACUGUCGAUGUCCUUGAACGGAUGAUGGCGAAGUUUUUGUGGAAAGGGAACUCGGAUUCAGGAAUGCACAAGGUUGCUUGGCCAGCUGUUCAUCGACCCAAGGAGGAGGGUGGUCUUGGCCUUCAUCGGCUUCGUGACUGGAAUACUGCUGCUCUUAUGCGCCAUGUAUGGUCUAUCUCCUCUUCAGAUAGAAGUGGGAGGGAGACUCUUUUGUGGAGUGAUCCUUGGCUGCCACACGGCCCCAUUGCUAAGCCUGGCAUGUUGAUUGCAAAUGCUCUUGGCCGAUCAUGUUUUGACAUUGUUCACUCGAUCCAGUGUGAUGAUGGUGUCUGGGAUAAUUCGGUGGGUGAUGUGGCGCUACUUGAUAGGUGGGAUGAGAUUGUCAGUACCAAAGUUCAUAGGAGGUUUGAGGGUGAUUUGACUGCCUCUUCAACUGGGAAGUUUACGCUCAAGUCAGCCUGGGAGUCUGUUAGAAUGCAUGGUGGGGAGGUUGGAUGGCAUCGCCUGGUUUGGUUCUCCAAUGCUCAACCAAGAUUCUCCUUUGUCACUUGGUUAGCUGUGCUAGGGCGACUAGCCACGCGUUGUUUGCUUGCUUGUUGGGGACUGGUAAGUAAUAUUUCCUGCUACCUUUGCCAAGUUGCUACUGAGACCCUGGAUCAUUUACUUUUUCAAUGUGCUUUCUCGUCGGGUAUUUGGAAGUCUAUUCUGCGCCUUAACGGAUUUAGCAGAGAACCCUUGGGCUCGUGGGGGGAGGAAAUUGAUUGGUUAGUAGGCCACUUUGGAGGGGAUUCCUUCUUAUGCCGUGUUCGCAAGUUUAGCUUCAAUGCGGUUGUGUACCGCGUUUGGCAAGAAAGGAAUGCAAGGGCUUUCCAUAUGCGAACAUGCUCUGCUGAAGGUGUGUUCCGUCGUGUUAUUUUGGAUACCCAGGCAAAGUUUUUCGAUCUUCCUUCUCGGACUGCUUUGAACUGUGAUGGUUCCAUGAAGAACGGGUUGGGUGGUUAUGGAGCAAUUGGUAGAGGCUGCCUGGGUGUACCUGUAUUUGCGGUGGCUGGUAGGUUGCUGGAGAGCAACGUGGUCAUUGUGGAGCUUCAUGCGAUCAUGCGUGGCCUUGCGAAGGCUAAGGAGAUGGGCCUUUCUCAGAUACGAGGGUUACGGGACGCGAUCCGUAAUUGUUCCUUUUGUCAUCAUGUUAGAGAAAUUAACAGCUGUGCGGACUACCUGGCUGGAUUUACGUACUCUCCCCAAGAACUCCAUUUUUGCCCUCAAAGCCUUCCUGUGGCACUCUCUGAGCUUGUUCAGAAAGAUGCCACUGGGAAGAGGUACUUCAGACUGUAA